CCAGCCAACCAUGGCUACAGCCGAGACCGCCUUGCCCUCCAUCAGCACACUCACCACCCUGGGUCCCUUCCCAGACGCACAGGAGGACUUCCUCAAGUGGUGGCACUCUGAAGAGGAGCAGGACAUGGGCCCGGGUCCCCCCGGCCCCACGGGGCAGCCCCUCCACGUGAAGCUGGAGGACCCACCCAGGGAAGACGAGGAUGACAGGGACGCAGAUUCCACCUGGGACCUGGAUCUCCUCCUCACCAACUUCCCGGGCCCGGAGCCAGGCGGCAUGCCCCGAACCUGUGCUCUGGCGCCCCGCGAGGGUCCAGGGGCGCAAUACCUGCCAACUCCGCCGCCGCCACCGCCUGAGACUCUGGGCGCUUAUGCGGAUGGCUCGGAGCCGGUAACUGGGAUUUUGGAUCCCGAGGAGCAGUCAGGUUGGGCGCGUCCCGCCCUACGAGCCCCGGCUCCGGACGCCUUUGUGGGCCCAGCCCUGGCCCUGGCCCCCGAGCCCAAGACACAGCCGGUGUACCCGGGGCCAGGCGCCAGCUCCUCUGGCAGCUACUUCCCGAGGACCGGGUUUUCAGUGCCCACAGCGCCGGGCGCCCCCUACGGGCUGCUGUCUGGGUACCCAACGCUAUACCCGGUUCCGCAGUACCAAGGGCACUUCCAGCUCUUCCGCGGGCUCCCAGCACCCGCGCUUGGCCCCGCCGCGCGCCCCUCGUUCUUGAAUUGUCUGGGACCCGGGACGGUGGGGACCGGACUCGGAGGGAGUGCAGGAGACCCAGGAUCAAUCACCGAAGCUGCACCGUCCAAGCGCAGCCGGCGCUCCUGGGCGCGCAAGAGGCAGGCGGCACACACAUGCGCGCACCCGGGCUGCGGCAAGAGCUACACCAAAAGUUCGCACCUGAAGGCGCAUCUGCGCACGCACACGGGUGAGAGGGCAGGGCCCGAUCGCGUGGGCUGGCUGGAACCAGGGGAGAAGCCAUACGCCUGCACGUGGGACGGCUGCGGCUGGAGGUUUGCACGCUCGGAUGAGCUGACCCGCCACUAUCGGAAGCACACAGGACAGCGCCCUUUCCGCUGCCAGCUCUGCUCCCGCGCCUUUUCUCGCUCAGACCACUUGGCCUUGCACAUGAAGCGUCACCUUUGAGCCCUGCCUCAGCUCAUGGACCCUCCUGGGAAUUGGGGAUAGAAGAACAAGAGUGGAUCCACACAGGGUGUUUUUCCCAAAGACGGACCCUUAUCGGACCCGUGGCCCCACAGGUCCACUGAAAGAUCAUCUGAGUGAGUCUCCAACGGAAGUUCCCCAGGUCCAGAGUCACACAGAAACGUCAAACGGUCACGCAUACCCAGCGAGACAGACCAAAUAAAUGGGCUCAGAUGGACACUCAAACCAGCUAACAGGCGUCCCUGGACAGCAGGAGGUGUGAAGCUUCCCAGAGACCCUGGGUCUGCGAGGGGGCUUCACACUGUGACUCUUCCUGAAGCCCCACAUGGUGGCUGGCCUGAGCUGUGAAUGGUUACAGGUCUAUAAAAACGCCCUCCCUAUAAAGCUUUGUACUGAGUCUGUGGGUUUUGGGGGCUGGAAGAUGGGAAGACGCUGUACCCCCAGAGGUAACAUUAAGGAGCCAUACACACCCUGAUCUCUCAAACCUCAGUGACACCCCUCACCUCUGACAACCCCACUUAGGCAUUGCAGGUCUUGCCGUCCCCUUAUUCUAAGAUCAGGCUACACCGUCCUUGUUUCUUGAUUUGAGUUCC